AGCAGCAGUGUUAGUCAGCUGCGCCAGGUCAGGGAGGAGGCGACACCAUCACCACCAACAUUUCCAACGUUUUUUUUACAGGUGUGGCCACUCUGUUCAGCCUUUUAUGAACUCCCCGGAGGCCAUGGAGAACGAGGUGCAGCUCUUGGAGGUGGUCUCCUCCAAGGACGAGGAGAGCGAACAUGAGGAAGGAGAGAUAAGCGAAGACGAUGAUGAAGGUAGUGACAAUGGCGACUCCCCAGCAGCAGGUGCUGGUGAGUCUGCCUUCCCUCCUCACUCUCCCACUUCUCACCACUCACACAACUACCCUCAGCACUUCUCAUACCCGCCAGACUUCAAUCCAGAGAGGCGCUCUUCUAAAAAGAUCUCUGCUAUAGCUUCUGAAGUUGUGAUCUACAAUGAUUUUGGUCGCACUGCCAUCUUCACUAGUCCAAAGAAGAAAAAGAAGAGUGGUGGAGAAACUAGCAGCUAUCCUAGGGUGUCUGAGGGGGUUAGAAGAUGGUCAAGAGAAGACUCGGGCAGAUGGAGGGAAAAAGAUGAAGGAAGUAGCAAGCAUCAGAAGGAUGGUGGUAAGAGUAGAAGACGUCCAAGUGUACAGCUAGAGGAUGUUGAGCCAGUUGUACGAAAAAAGACUAAAAGGAAGUCACAAUCUGGGCAGAAAGUUAGAGGGAAGACUGAAUUAGCAGAUGCUCAUGGAGACCCUCCGCAUAGAAAAAAGGCAACCUAUGAUGUGUCACACAGGCAUAGGAGCCCUAGUAGUGCAUGCAGUAGUGACACAUCUUCAUGCAGCAAUGGUGAUGAUGAUAAUGAUGAUGAUGAUGAUGAUAGUUCUCCCAGGCUUCAAAGGAGCAGAGGGAAAGAGAAUAAAGGCUCUGGCUCACUCAAAGCUUGUGCAAGAUCCCCAUUGCACUAUGGGUCUUCCAGACCCAUAUCACAGGGCUCAUCUAGCAAACUACCACCUCUUCAUAAAUCUCAUUCUCAGAAAUCAACUAGUAAGCAUACAUGGCCGAAAUCUCCUUCAGUUCAGAAGUAUGUUUACAGGAAAUCUCCGCUAUUACACAGUUACUUUAAGUCUUCAAAGGGACUUGGCAGAGGCAGCAUAGUAGCUCGCUCUCAAAAGCUGUGUCAGACAAAACUCACUAAAGAUAAAGUUGGCAAAAGUAGCAAGGUGGAUUUGAAAACUGUAUUUAAAGCUGACCAGCCAUCAAAAGAGAAGAUUCAAGACAGUGUAUUAAUGAAAGGGCAGAAGCAACCUCCCCCUGGAAGUCUGGGAGAAAUGUUGUUGAAAAAAACUCUGAAAGGCAAACUUAAAGUGCGUCCAGAAGCCGGGGAACCUGACACUUUGACUGACAAGGAGAGUGGAGUUAAUACAUCAGGAGUGAAAAGGGAUAUACCGAUGGGAGAGCUAACUAUGGAUAUUGCACAGGAAUGCUACACUUUAGAUCAGGAAGAUGAUGAGGAGCUCCAGCUGAGGUUAAUUGCCCUUCAGUCCUCCCUCAGGGUUCUUAGUGAUGUGCGAAAGGAAGGGCAGGACUUGAUGUCUUCAUCCUUGGUCACAAAACUCCCACAAGUAAAGAGCAAUGAAGCAGAGGGGGAGAAUUCACAACCUGUGGAUUUUGACCAGCUGCAACAAAGUUUAGGAAAAUUUUCAUUGUGUAGUAACUCUGAAGGUAUUUUAGAAUCAUCUCCAAAAUCUGACAUCUUGGAAUAUUUAAAUGAAAUGGGAAAAGAUGAUGAUAGUGGUGAUAGUAGUAGUGUGGAAGCCAUUGAGCCCAUUUUAGAUGAACUUAGUCAAAGUUCGCCACAGUCGGCUGCAACCCCUGAUAGUAUUCGUGAAAUUGCAAUAGACACAAACAAAAGCUAUAUAGGUGAUGUUGAUUCAGGUAAACUAGUGCAGAAUGCUGAAGAAAUAAAUAAAGAUGUUAAGGAACUUUCAGAUUGUAACCAGGAUCCAAUCGAUAUGGAUAUUUGUGACAGUUCCCCAGGAGAGGACGAUGGUGACACACUUGAAGAGGAGGUUUUUCAGGAGAUUGGAGAUGAUAUUUCCUUAAGUAAUAAGGAAUCCUUGGACAAAUCAGUUAAGAAUAUUUUGAAUGAUUGCUCAAACACUGUAAAAGAGAGUUCUACCUCUUCUGGUGGGCCAGAAGGCUCACAGCACAAUUUCCAAAUCCCAGUGGAAUGGGCCUAUAUGAUGCCACCUCCCCCACCACCUGAUCAGCCAGCCAAUGAUCUCAGUAACAUAAACAACUGGUGUUAUGAUCAAAAUAUGUAUCUCCAAACCAUGCAAACUCAGUAUGAUUCUAACCCACAGUACAACCAUUAUGGUUUGCAAGGAGUAACUAAUGCUGAAUGGGGAGUGCAGCAGUCACAAAGUCCACAAUGGAACUGUUCUCCCAAUGAGGAUCAUGAAAACAAUUUGACAAAUAAAGCUGUAGGUCCUCCCAAGGCUUCAACUUCUCAGGAGGGUGAUGAAUCUCAUUCUUGCAAAGUAGAGAAGUUUGAAGAAAAUGAUCAUAUGGCUGAACCUCAAAAAGACUUGAAAGAUUUGCCUGCAGAGCAAUAUCAGGCUUUCAUGUCUGUGGUGCUAAAGCAGCAAACCUCACAGCCUAAACAAGCAGUCACAAAUGAUAACUCUCAGAGGACUUUGAUAGAAGUUCCUCUAAUAAAAGAUGUUGGCAAGGGUUUGAGUCAUAACUGUGAAAGAGACCAACUUUUAUCAAAAAUCCAGCUUAAUACAAGUAAGAGGAAAAGGAGAAGGGAACGGCAGAAAUAUAGGAUAAAACAAUUAAAAAGGAAAAUGCUUGCAGGUUCAAAAAUCAUUAGGCAGUUAGAACCUGUGAUUAAGGAUACAGUUGCUAAUCUUAAAUCAGAACCUGUACCUGAAGAGGAAGAUGAAGAUUUGCUGCGUGCAAAACUUCUUAUUGAUUUGUCUAUAAAAAACCAACAAAAAACAGUAGCAUCGAGAGUUAAGCAAGUGCCAGCAGCUUCUGUUGAAUCUAGCCAGUAUUCGUGCUACCAGAAAAAAUUAGAUAAACUUGCAUUUGAGGCAAGGGAAGCAAGUGACAGCUCACCUGUUCCAAGUUAUCCUUCAUCAUCGGAGUCUUCCCCAGUAGCCAGAACUCGUGUCAGUCAAGCAUCACUUCAUAAAAAUGUCCACAAGCUUCAAGCCAGGAUUAAGGAAGGUAGCCCAACACACAAAUUUAGGACUGAUUCAAGACAAAGUCUCUCAGAUAUAGGUGGCAUUGGUUUAGAUCCCAAAAGUAGCCAGUAUGAUUAUGCUGUCCCUCAUGAUGCUAAUGCUGAGAGUGAAAGUCCUAAGUUUAUGUUUCCGCUAGUUAAGCCAGUUAUUAUCAAUUUAAAGUCAGACUCGGAGGAUGAAACUGAAGAAGGCAGAGUUGAGAACCAAACUAAAAGUCGAGACCCCAAGACAGUAGCUGAGCCUAAAGCCUCUAGCAGUGGAGCAAUAAGCAACAGCAUUGAUCGAUUUUUGAAAAGUAUACGCAAUCGUGAUCAGCCUGGUGAAGAAUUUAGAAGCAUAAAAGAGAAUGCAAGAGCAUCUAGGCAAAAUUCAGCGGGCAUUUCAUCGAGAUGUAAAACAGCAGCCAAAGAUUCUACCCCUAAUGUUGUUCGGCACCUGAGUCGUACCCAGCAAAUGGAAUAUCGUUUGCUGAAGGAGAAGCUGAGAGAAAAAGAGCUGCUACACCUCAAAAAGCAGUUGCAGCAGAGGCGACCAACCAUUCCAACAAAGAAAAACAGGAUUAGUUUUGCCGACAGUCCUGAGUCUCCUGAUUGGGAAAACAAAUCCAGUUUCAGGGUUGUCAGUGCUGAUCAUAGUGAUAAAUGUCAUAUAGCUAGCCAUUUGGGACCAGAGAGAGAGAGCAUUCAUGACUGUCCUGAGGCAGAGUUAAAAAGUGGUAAUUUAGGAAUGUCCAAUUCUCGAGAAGUAUGCUUCAAGGAAAUGGGAAGAUUGCAAAUUCAACUAGCAAAUAUUAGCUCUUAUGAGGAUCAAAGUAAUGUUACCAGUAGUGAAGAAGCAGGUGAAAGUGGGAGAGAUGAACCUCAAGCUGUAAUUGAUACAGUUGCUGGAGAGUCCUCUCAAGAAGUAUCAGGAGCUGAGGAAGAUGAGGAGACUUUAAGGAUGAUGGUAUUCCAGACCCUGCAAAAGAAAGCAUCAGACAGAAAAGAACAAAAUCAAGGAAGGAUGACAACUUUGGAAUUCCCCCAGAAUGAAGCUACAGCUUCAGAAGAUAAAAAGUCUGCUACCACACUUAGAGUAGUUAUACAUCAAAAGGUUGAUGAUACAAUGAAAAAGGAAUAUGCAAGCCAGGACAAUGUACGAAAAGUGAUUAUACAACAAAGUGAGACAGAGAGCCAUAAAGAUCACCAGGAUGUAGAUAUGGGGGGAGAAUGGAUGGUAUUGGAUGAAGUGCUUGGUGAAGGAAUUGAAGGGAAUGGUGGAAAUCAUACUAGUGAUGGGGAGGAGGGUAAACUGUGUGAUGAAUUUGGCAAUGAAGUAGCAAAGGAGGAAAUUGAGAGAGAGUGCAGGAGUUUGGUUGUGACAAACAGUAUUCAGACCAUUAAUAAUGCUAGUGGUAUGUCAGAUAUAAGCAGUAGGUUGAGGGAUGAUGGUAUAAAUGUGGAUGAAAUGAAAGAAAGAGUUAGCAUGAGCAGUUCCAAGAUAGCAGUUGCGGAGAGUAAGUGCAAUGUGAAAAUUGAUAAUUUGAAUAAAGCAUCACACGAAAUGCUCGAUAAAUUUGAAAACCGGGCUGGUAAUGAAAAUACUAGCCAGAGGCUUGAUUUGGAUAAGACACAAAGCUGUAAAAGUGUUAGCGAAUUGAAACAAGAAAACGUGGAAACAAAUGUUGAUUGUGUAGAUGGGCAGAAAGUUAGGAAAGUCGUAUCUUGCAGUAGUGAUGGAAUUGAAGUAAGGACUGACGUUGGAACAAGAAAUAGUGACAUAUCAGAAAGCGAAAAUAGCAGAGCCACUCAGAGAGAGCCCGAUUUAAAGAUAAAUAAAGAUGGCGGGAAUUUAUGUGGAAGUGAAGGAGGAUCAACAUUAAGAGAUCAGUCACUCACCAGUGAUAUAAUAUCCUCUAGUGCCGAACUGAUUGGCUCACUGUUUGAGUGUGAUCGUGAAGAGAAAAAGCCUGGCACAGGUAUCUGUGCUGAAUUGAAAGAGGGUGAAUCUAUUAGAAAUAAGGACAGAGCGUCGUGUCUAAAAAAUAAUCAGUGUCUUGAUUCAUCUAUAAAAACACAGGAGGUGCUUUCAGAAACCCUUAAGCUAGAACCAGAAAAGGUUACUGGAUAUACUGAAGAGUCAAAAAUAAGGCAUAAUGUAGCAGAAACUGUAGACUUCUGUUCAGACAUAAGCCCAAAAGUAUCAGAAGUAAAAAAACAUGAGUAUGACUCAAACUCAAAGAAAUUCCCAUCUAAACUUACGACAGUGGAACACAGCUUGAAGAGUGAAACUCAAGGCAUUAGCUCCAAAAAUUCAGAAACAAGCACUGAGGUUAGAACUCGAGUAAAGCAGUUGACUAGUCUUGUAGAAACUGUCAAGCAUCCAGCAAACAAAGACAGUUCUGCAAUUUUAGGAAAGUGUGAAAGUAGCAGUGCUAAAGUUCAAGAAGGGCCAGGAGCCUCUAGAAAAGGAAAGGCUAAAGAUAAUCAAGAGAAGCCAGUAAAUUCCAAGAAGAUGAUGCUUUUAAAAAGAAUAGAACAAGAAUACACUGAGAAAAGGCUUGGCUUUACAAAGGUGAUAUCAGUGUUGGCUUCUCUUGUACAAGAAGCAAGAGAGGAGGAAUUGCAGAGGCAGUCUCUGAAGAAGAAUGUGCUUCAGCUGCGUGCACAGUUAAAGCAGAUGGAAGGGCAGCUGGAGACCAAAUCCAGUGCGGUCAAGACCAAGAUGGAAAGUAUACGAGAACUACAAACGCAAAUAACAAAAGAUCGGCUGUUGAUAAAUGAACUUGAACAGAAGGGAAAGCUUCUGGGCCAACAGGAAUUCGGAAGUAGCUACAGUCUUCCUAAAGUUCUAGGAUCACCACAUUCCAAAACUAAGGAGGCAUUUAGAAAGAAACAGCUUGCCAGCAACAUUGAUGCUCUUCGCCAGCAGAUGCGUGAUGUCUCGAACAAAAGCAAAGCCAGACUGCAAGUUGCUGCCCUAAAAGCAGAUGACCAUGGACAUACUGGCAAUAGUAAAGGACUCUUAAGGGCAGAUAAGAAUCCUGCAACAGAGUCAAGACUAGUACAAAUGACAGGGACACCAAACUGUUAUUUGGGCAAGCAUGGUACUGCCAUUCAAGGUAAUGUUAAAAAUGCUGCUAAAACUCUAUUCCAGGCUGAAGAACUUAAAGAUAAAAUUAACCAACAAAGCUCUAAAGCAACAAGUUCUUCAAAGAGCAAAGAUGACUCUACUAAGAAUCUGUCUUUUGUAAACAAUGAGCUGAAACGUAAAGAACCCCCAUCUAGUGAUGAGAGAGUGGUGAAAGUAGCUAAAAUCCAAGAUGGAGGAAGAAACAACACUUGUGAGGAAAAAGCAUCACCAGGUGGAGGGAAGAACUUGAGUGCUGCAUUGUGUCCGAGGCAAUUGGUUGGACAAUCACCGAUCCAACGAAAUAAAGCACAUUUAGAUAAAUUGGAAGGUGGAGAGAAGCUUGACGAGAUGAAUGUUCUGUGUCCCUACGAUUUGCUGGGCCGCUGCAAUGAUGACUCCUGCACAUACCAGCACCUUGCUCAGCCCAGAAAUGGAUCCUGUGGUUUGAUGAGCCCAGCAGCAAGUUUAACAGCAAAGACUGAGGAGCAGUUAAGAUGUACUAAGACAGGGAUGGGUAGGGCAGGGUCAAAUGCAGGGACUGGGAGAAUAGAACUGGACACCUCAGUAGCAAAGAUGAAAUCAGACAUGGGAAAAGGGAAACCAGGACCAAAUCUUAGGGCAGAGGUAAAGAAAUUGGACAAAGGAUCACAGAAGACAGGCCUAAACAUGGAGCAGGAAAGACCAGGACCUGAUGUAACAGUAGCAGUCUCUGGAACAGGGAAGAAAUCAAGCACAAUGACAGGAGGGAUAGGACCAGAUAUAGGGGCAGAAAAGACAAGAUUAGAUACAUUGACAGGUAUGGUGGGACCAAGUGAAGGGCUAAUAGAAAGAGGACCAUGUUCUGAGAAAGGGAGUAUGGGACCAAGUAGAGGAAUGAAAUUAGAUGCUGGGACUGGGAAAACAAAACCAGAUGAUGUUGGGGAAGCCAUUAUUGAAAAGACUCCAGUUACAGAGGUUACUCAAAGGGAAUGUAGUGGACAUGUGGAUGAAGCAUUCAUCCCUUUGGAUUUUAGAAUUAAAGAAGCUUCACUAGAAGCAUCAAUAAAACCAAGUGUCAGUCAUGCUAAAGGUAUAAGCAGCAACUUGAAGGAAGGUGUACACACUGUGCCUGCUUUGGAACAAGAAAAUACAAAUGUGCAUGAGAAACUCAAGAGAGAGAGGGAGUGUGAAAAUUCAUUAGUAAACAGUGUAUCCACAGAAGAAAAAGAUAAUGCAAAGCACAAAAGAUGUAGAGUUGGUAGUGAAGACAACACUAGUGAGUGUGAUGGUACAGCUAUUUUAUGUAAAAAUGAGUUCAAGGAUGUAAGUGAAAAUUCUCAUAACACUGUAGAAAAGGAAACUCUUUCCAAUGAGAGUAACAGGAUAAUGGAAGAGGACAUUCGUACUGAAUGUAAGGAACAUUUAACUGGUAAUCUCGCUGAAGUUAAUACUGUAAAGGAGACUGUGAAAAAUUGUGUUGGAGAUGGCAAGACAAAUCAGGGUAUUGAGAUUGGGGGUGUUCCAUAUUGUAUGGUGUCUGCUGAUGGUCAAGAAAUUCAUUCAUUUGAGCCGGAUAUGGAGGAACUGAAGGGUUUCCAGGAAAUCAGUCAAGAAAUAAAAAGUGAUUCAUCUACAAGGAAUAAUAAUUUGAACACAUCCAUUUCUUUUGGAAAUCUGCUUUAUGAACCAGCCCAAGAGAAGCAUAAACAGUUGAAAGUAAAAUCAGUUAAAGUACUUAGUAAAGGUAAAAAGAAGGAAGACAGUAGUGAAAAUUUAUUACCAGAAAUCCAAGAUGAAUCAUGUCAGUUACUGGACUCCAAUGCAAAGCCUCCACCUCUAUCUAGGCGACCAGUUAGACGUAGGAAAGCCCAGUCAGUCAAUAUUGCUGCUGUUGGCAAAAGUAAUGUUUCCAAAGAUCUCUCCAAUCAGUGUCGGACAACAAGAGCAGCUGGCAGGAGAAGUAAAAGAGGGGUACCAGAAACAGUUGUGAACACCCCACCCAAAGAUUCCCUCGGUGGAUGUUCUGAGAGUGGUGCUAAUCGACGUGAUAAAAAAACUAGGGCUACAAAAAAUAAAAGAAAUAGAGGCCGAGGUUCAGCAAGCAGAGGACGUAAGAGGUAGAUUGAAACCAACAUUCUUUAAGUGGCAAAUGCAACAUUUGUUCGCAUAUUAAGAGGAGAAAGUGGAAAGUUUGACUAAAAAAAUAGUCUAUGAAACUUAUUCCAGAACUUGUAAGUAAUAUUUGAUAUUGUGUGCUUGCAGUUCUUCAAUUAAAUAUUUACCCUUUUGUGUUAGGUUUGAUGGGCAUUAAUUUUGCUAAUGCAUGCUGUAUUGAGUAAGAUAUUUGAUGCCUUAAUGAGUGAAUGAAUAUACAUGCAAGUUGGAGUGUUUGACAGAUGAAGUCAUCACAGUUUCUCAGGUUUUCAGAUUCCAUAUUUAGUAUAAUAUUACUAAAAAAUGUUAAUUGUCUUUUAAAAAUCACAAGUUUAAAAUGUUUGCAAACGAUUAUAAUUUUGUAAAAAAUAAUAUUGGAGUUUGGAGUUUUCAGCUUGUCCGGCACAGCUACCGCCGCCACCACCACCACCCAACUGGCUGCCUGGCACCCAAGGAAGUUAGUAAUCAACAGUGACAGGUGGAGCCCGGCUGGUUGGCGGGUGAGGGUGAUGGUGGCCAGGCUGGGUAAGACGUAGUUAUCACUCACUCAACACCACUCAUAGGCUGAUACUCCUCACAAUCCAUAACUUAAAAUCAUGCAAUCACUAGUUGGUUUCUUGGGACACCAUUUUAUUGUACUAUUUUAGUGUUUCCUAAUUCUGUAUAGACUUGAAGUGAAAUUGAUUUGGUGUUUGGAUGUAGGUCUUGCAAUCAUAGUAUAACGUAUAGCAUUUACAUUUUUUAUGUGUACUACCAAAAUAAUUCCUUGAAGUUAUGUAAAAAAAAAUUCUCUAAUUUUUUAGGCAUUAAUGUGCACCAAAUGCAGACAACUUGUAUUUUAUAUUUCGUACUUUAUCCUCAGCUUUCUUUUUAUAUACACUGCAUGUUCAUUGGGGGCUUUCUUUCAGUAAAGUAUAUCUGAAGUAGUCUUCAGUGGGCAUUAUGCAAAUGACAUAGAAAUAUUCUUUUUUUUUUUUUUUUUUAUUUAUUGAUUGAUAUAUAAUUUUAAAUCCUGAAGUUUUCUAGUGUUGAUGGCUAGGAUUUUGUACCUGUGUUAAAUGUGACAGAACAUUACCCCAGUGAACAAAACAUUAGCUUCUUUGAAGCGUGGCAGAAGGUUGCUCUUACUUUGUUGCAAGAGAACUUGUGUAAUGCAACAUUGGACUGCUGCAGCCAGUGUUGGUGAGUCUUGGAUGAUCACAGAAGACCUUGGAACUACUGUACCUGUUUCAGAAGAAUAUGUACCAGUGUGGAUCAAGGCAUAGGAUUUUCUUGGUUCAUCAUCGCUGCCUUUUGAUGUUCAUCUUUUGUUCAUCAUUGUCACGACUGGUGCUGUAAGUACAAUCACUGCACAAAUAUGUUAUUUGUGCAUGAUUGGCUGUGAAUAUGUACAUUUGUACAUACAUGAUUCUUAAAAAUAAAUAUAUUAAAGAGGAA